AUGCAGCUCGUCACCCUCGCCGGCGCCUCUUUCGUGGCCCUCGCCUCGGCCCUGAACACCUCCUACCCUCCCAUCAACCUAGGCUACUUCUCGUUCCCCCACGGGAACCUCUUUAUUGCCUGGUCUCCUUUCACCCCCACCAAGACAUCCGAAAUCCAGCAGGUUUGCGACACCUCUGGUGCAAUUCAGGGCACUGCCACCUGGACCUCCAUACGUGCCUACAACACCUACGUUGUUGACCCUAUCUGCCGCAACCCCUUCAACAUCACCGACGACGCCACAAACACGACGUACUAUAACCUUGAGUUGGCUUGUGAGAACGACGACAUCGAUCUGACCCUCGAACCAGAGGUCACGGCCGUUGUUGACGUGGCUACGAACAGGACCAUCCAGACCUGUGUUCCUUCUGUGGUUGAGGGCGAGAACUACGCGAGCUGCUCGAGGGGUACUUACCAGGCCGUUCGCUUCAGCUUUGCUUGCUCCUCUUAA